AUGACCACAAAAGAAGUACAGCUCAACAGCGACAUACACUUUCUAUCCAUCUGCAAGAAAAGACAGCUGAUCCCCAAAGGCAUAAAAAUCAAAAAUCCACUGGCUAAUACGCAGAAAACACAGUAUGCUGAAAACCUGUGUAAACGCACUAGUGAGAAACUAAGAAACCAUCUCAUCCACCAGCUCUACAACAAGAAAUAUAGCAUACAACAUAAAAAACAAUAUCUACUCCAAAAUCUACGUGAGGAGAAUACAUAUAUGGCUAAACAACUAGAACAUGAUCUACACUAUUUUUACAAAAAGCAACAAAGGGACCUUUUUAAGAAGAAAAAUAAUAAACUCAUCAGACUACAGCAGGAUUAUCACAAACAUUUGGCAGAGAAAGAGAAAUGGCAAGAGAAAUCUGGUAUUGUUAACAUUUCGGAUUACAAACUAUCUGACCCAGAAACAUCAGUUCUCUCCAAAGGACUAUCAUUUUGCCCUAGCACAAAACUUGAUGACAUUGGUCUCUACUCUGACGUGGAAGAAUUUUUCAGAAGGAUGCGACUUAAGGAAUACUUUCAUGACAAAGAGAGCACUGAAACCACAAUGGAUUACAACAACCGGAAAAAACCCACUAAUUUCAGUCCAGCACCAGGACGAAAUGCCAAACUGGACAGUUACAUUGAAAGUUUCUGUCUAAGAACAGUAUCCUUGACAACCAAGCAAAACCAAAAGAAAAUGUUUCAUAAUCUCUCAGUACAGGAACAAAUGGCUAUAAAUGACCUGAAAAAUAAUCAUGCUAUCACCAUCAAACCAGCAGACAAGGGAGGAGCAGUAGUGAUAAUGAACACCCAGGACUACAUAAAAGAGGGUGACAGGCAAUUGUCAGAUGACAAAUACUAUAGAAAACUAAAUGAAGACCCCACCAAGGAAUAUACAUCACAACUUAGGGAGCUCAUUAAAUCCUUCCCUGAGAACUUACACCUAGAACUGCAAUCACUCAUACCAACUAGUCCCUGCAUGGGCACUUUCUAUAUGCUUCCCAAAAUUCACAAAGCCGGCAAUCCUGGAAGACCCAUAAUUACAGGAAUGGGAACUCUCACAGAACAGAUCUCAGGACUGGUAGAAAAUACCCUAAAACCUCUAGUCACCAACACUAACAGCUUCAUAAAAGACACAACCGACUUCCUCAACAAACUCAGCCAAAUCACCAAUCUCCCUGCUAACACCAUCCUUGUAACCAUGGAUGUGGAAUCUCUGUACAGCAACAUUCCACAUACAGAUGGCAUCAAUGCUUGCUUCCAUUUUCUCUCUCAUGUCAACAACCAAAAAUACAGCCCCCGAAUUAUCACAGAACUGGCACUAUUUAUCCUCACACAUAACUACUUCAGUUUCAACAAUGAGGUUUACCUACAAACCAUGGGCACUGCUAUGGGCACUAAGAUGGCACCCCAAUAUGCUAAUCUGUUUAUGGCAGAUCUUGAACAGAGAUUCCUAGAUAACCAACACACCAAACCAUACAAAUAUUAUCGCUACAUCGAUGAUAUCUUCAUAAUUUGGACUGAAAGCAAAGAAAAACUGAUACAGUUCCAUGACUCUUUCAACACAUUCCAUCCAUCAAUCAAACUAAAAAUGGAAUAUUCCACUAGAUCUGUGAAUUUUCUGGACACAACUGUGACAUGUAAUAAUGGCACAAUCCACACCUCGGUUUACAGAAAACCCACAGACAGGUGCAGUUACCUACACAGCUCCAGCUUCCACCCCUCUCAUACUAAACAGGGCAUCAUCUACAGCCAAGCCACUAGGUACCAUCGCAUAUGCUCUGAUCCUAAUGACCGUAAUUCCCAUCUAAAUGUACUCUCCCAAUCCAUGAGACAGAAAGGCUACAAACCAAAGACUAUUACCAAACAAAUCAACUCUGCUGUAAAAACGCCACGUACGCGCCUGCUACAAUACAGAGAGAAAAAAAUAUGCACACGAGUGCCACUUGUGGUCACCUACAACCCUGCUCUUGAGGAAAUACGGAAAAUCAUCAAAGACCUACAACCAAUAUUAACAGAAGAUGAGACUCUGAAAAACAUUUUCCCUGAAACACCCAUUUUGGCCUUCAGACAACAACCAAACCUCCAACAAAAAUUAAUCAACAGGAGGCUGCCCACUGAUGGUAAUAAUGAAGAAAACAGGACCAGUCAAUGCAAAAAAACUCGCUGCAAACUGUGUCAGCACAUAUGCACAGACAACACAGCCACACACAACAAUAAAACCUACAGCAUUAAAGGUUCAUACUCCUGCACAUCCAGCAAUGUG